AUGCCGCCUAAAUGUGGCAACCGUGGUCGUGGAGCCCAUGGCCGAGGUGCCCGUGGUAGAGGUACUCAUGAUACCCGUUCUACCCGAGUGCAUCUCGCUCCCGUCGUAGAGGAUUCGAUCCCCGAGGUCCCGAUUCAGCCUCCUAUUGAGCCUAUAGCACCUGUUCCUCCUAUAGCACCUGUUCCUCCAGUUGCUCCAGUUCCCCUGCCGAUUCCCCCUUCUCAGCUUGCUAUUCCCGUUACUGAGGCUCCCACUCCGUUAGCCGCACCCGUACCUCCACCCAAGGUGAGUGCCGCUCCUACUUUCCCGAUAUUGCCAGUAGGUGUCGAGCAUUUACAGCAACUGAUGCAGCUUGUCGCUACUGCAUUGCAGACUCGUCAGCCUGCAGCCGUUCCAGUUUCUGAGCAGAGUGAUUUUCCACGCACUAACACUAUUUUCAGAGACUUUAGGUAG